GUAGCGUUUUUUAAGGGUUUUGUUUUUUUAUACUAAUUUUGCCACCACCUAUGUAAUGAGUUUGUUAUUUUUAUUGGAUUAUUGUGGUAUUCCUUCCUUUUUUAUUUAAAUGUAACACAAAUAAAACACCCACCGUCCUUUGCGGCAGACACACCAAGAUGGCAGCUUUGUGCAAGGUCGUAGCAAGUCUGAGGACUGGCACAUGUGUGUUUCCAAAACGAGCAAUUGUUAUUUGCAAGUCCUUAUUCAGCACAGAUAGCGGGGAGACAUCGGAAGGAAAAGCGGUGGAAGAAACGCAAAAACCAGCAGCCGACAAGGUGAAAAGUGGCUUCGCUGCAGCAUAUGAACAACACACAGACCUUCAGCAGAGACAAAAUCAGACGGGAACUACUGUCAGACUUGGGUCGACAAGAAAUGAAAAAUCAUUUGCGUCAUUGCUACGAAAUUCUCCUCUCAUGCAGAUGGGACCAGCAAAGGACAAAAUGGUAAUCGGGAAGAUCUUUCACAUAAUCAAAGACGAUUUAUACAUUGACUUUGGUGCCAAGUUCCAUUGUGUAUGUAAACGACCGACCGUGGAUGGAGAGAAAUACCAGAGGGGGAGCAGGGUACGUCUGCGUCUUGAGGACCUCGAGCUCACAUCUCGCUUCCUGGGUGCGAACACCGACACAACACUACUAGAAGCAGAUGCCUUUCUUCUUGGACUGAUCGAGAGCAAGGACGCAAAGACCAAAGAGUAGAACAGCAUUGACUCCUCCGACCAAUAGACCUGCCCCAGCAGAGGACAGUUUUUCUUGUUGAUGUCACUAUUCCCACAUUAUUGGCAUUUGUCACUGAGAGCUUGAACAAUAAAUGUAUCCAAAUGUAA